AUGGAGGAUACUCAAUCGUUUCGCCUGAUCGAAACCAUGGAUACCAUGGCAAUCACUCUCAACCAUGUUGACGGACAGAACAUCGUUUAUUGGGAGGAUAUUGAGCAAGUCUUUCCCGGAGUUAAGCGCGUUAGCAACGGCUAUUCGGUGAUCAAGUUUCUUCGGGGUUCCGAUCAACAAGGCGUCCUGGACGUUGUCUUGUCUACCUCUAUCCAACAUGUUCUUGCCAACCCUGCUAAGUUUGAUCCAGUCGGUGGUGAAACUAAUGCUCCAGCCGGUGCUCCAGUUAAUAACAAAGUCACUGUUGCUCUCAGGGCUACCCCACCUAUACCAGAGACGCCCGUCAGCGACAAUGGCCUUCUCGGCACACCAUCAAGUCCAUCGUCUACCACCAAUGCUGCUUCCAAGGCAUCAUUGUUCCAGCAGACUGUGACACGCGCGUCUAGGAAGGCACGCGAAUCUGAGGUCGAGCAGCGAUUUAUCUCCCUUUUGGCCCCUGAAGUCCACGAAACCGUUCGAGCCUCGUCGGACAUCUACCAGGCGUUUGCCAAGGCUAUCAAGUACAGUAACGGGGAGCUUAGUCGAGCAGAGCUUAGCGGCCUCCUUAAGCAAGAACUGGGUGGGCACUUUCAGAAGCUGGAGGCUAUGGUGGUCAAGAACUCAGAGUUGCAGGAAGCAAUGCUUGCCAAACAGGAAGAAGUGAAGCAGCUGCAGGAGCAAGUCCUUAGCAACCAAGACGAGAUGAAGCAACUACAGCAACGAACUCUUGAUCAGUUAGCUGUGCUCCAGUCCCGUGUGCAAGCCGUCUUAACUCAGACCUACGAACUCCACGAAUACCCGAUCCCUCGUCUUUUCGUUGUCCUUCCUCAAGACCCUUCAGAACACACCAGGUCGAUCAAAUUCAACACUGAGAUCUCUCAUGAUAUCCACUUUGCUAAGCAUGAAGGCUACGAGAUCGCUCGACCUUCAGAGUUCUUUCAGCAAUACGGCCCCUAUGUCCUCACUAUCCUCAAGAUGCUCAAGUUCGGUGUUUCGGUUGCCGGAGUGGCUGUACCAGCUAUCUCUCACCUGGUCAGAUCGGACGCCAUCGAUCAAGCCACUGCCGGUCUACAACAGUUGAAGGACAACAUUGAGCCUGGAAUGAAUCAUCUCAUAGACUGGAUGGACAAGGUCUCUGUGAACGAAGGCGAGGCUAUUGACGAGUUUUCUAAGCAGAUGGAAAAGAAGGAGGCAUUGGAAGGCGCCGACCUACGCAAGCUAGACACCUUCCUGAAGGAUAAGGACGGCAAUAAGGUGUUGGGGAACUUGUACAGGACCGUUACGGACGAGGGGCAUGUCAAAUGGGUUUGCAUUGACCACUACCGCAUGAACUAUCUAGAAAGCUCGGCCAAGGAGUUCCUGCGCGUGUUAGGUUCCGUCGAAGGAUCGUUUAGUGAAAACAUCGGUAGGGUUGACGUGAGACUCCAGUCAAGAGCGUUGGCAGAGCCUUUCUUUUCGGCACUGGGAAAGGCGAGAUAUAUCUACGAGCUCGAUAUCGACUUACACUGGGCCUGCACCACAAAUGAUCUUGAAGCACUGGAGGAUGCGCUCAAGGAAUCAAGAGUAUCAAUUCUUCGACUGGAUCUUCAACAAUUUCGGACGAGCGUCGUCAGUAAACUACUAUCGACAUCCACACCAUACGGCGUCAUUUACCGCAUCAGAGAUCUUCCUAAUAUGAAGGUACUUCAUAUUCUUCUUUCAAAGGAGUUCGUCAAGUUUCUUGGAUUUCCACUCAAAAAAUCAACUCAUAUUUGUAAGAUGUCCUGCGAGCUAGCAUCUACAUGGAUUGGAGGAAGGGAGUUGGGAAUACUAGCUGAUGCACUCAAGACCAACUCGACCCUGAUCACUUUGAACUUGCUCUACAACUCGAUCGGAGACAACGGAGCCAAGACGCUGGCUGAGACACUCAGGACCAACUCGACCCUGACCACUUUGAACUUGGGGGGCAACUCGAUCGAAUCCGACGGAGCCAAGGCGCUGGCUGAGGCACUCAAGAACAACUCGACCCUGACCACUUUGGACUUGGGGGGCAACUCGAUCGAAUCCGAUGGAGCCAAUGCGCUGGCUAAGGCACUCAAGACCAACUCGACCCUGAUCAGUUUGAACUUGUUCUACCAAGCGUGGUUCAAGGAGGAGUGGAAAGAGACGAAAGGGGAAUAA